AUGGAGCAGCUUCCCGAUAUGGCACCUCUACAAAACCUCGUUGAGUUUGUCGUGCUUCGACCGAACCACUUGUGUUGUAAUGGCUUUCUUGGAGCGUGUAAUUUGAGUCAUGUCUCCUGUCAGAAAGCUUUCGAGAGGUUCGCACCUUUAAUUUGUCAGCCGUCGUCAUUCGAUACUGCAGACGACCUCAGUUUCCCCACGAAAGAAACAAUAGAAAUGUGCGAGGGAAAGCCAUAUCGACAGUGCUUUUUACCAGGCAACAGACCUGGACUCUUCGGUCCAAAAUGUGAUCCAAUUGAAGAAAAAUGGCUCGGAUGCAGGGGGUAA